AUGUCGUGUCGUUCACAGCUCCUCCGUGCCUUGAGAGGAUCCGCCUCCAGCUCCGGUGGCCGGAGGACUGUUUCUCUACGGACCAACAUCCUCGAGAGAAGCCUUGCACACUCAAGAACGCCCGCCCGAUGCAUCGCGACUACCGCCCCGAGGCUCAUCUCCCAAACUCGGGUACAGCAAAGCAAGCUGACAUCCGAGACGUACCCGCAACUCGAGCGUGAUGCCCGGUUCGCCCAGGUGACCCCCGAGCACGUUGCGACGUUCCGUGAGAUCUUGGGUGACAACCCCUCGGCCAUCAUUGACGGAAUCACGGGCGGUGGAGCAGGCGUCGAUGCGGCCGACUUUGAAACGUAUAAUGAAGACUGGAUGCACAAGUACAAGGGCCAGUCGAAGUUGGUGCUGCGUCCAGGCACCACUGACGAAGUUAGCGGCAUCCUCAAGUACUGCAAUGAACAGCAUUUGGCCGUGGUACCCCAGGGAGGAAACACAGGCCUUGUGGGAGGCUCCAUUCCCGUUUUCGACGAGAUCGUCAUUAGCAUGGCUCGCAUGAACGAGAUUCGUUCAUUCGACGAAGUCAGUGGUUCACUUGUUAUUGACGCCGGCUGUGUGCUCGAGACUGUCGACUCAUACCUUGCCCAAAAGGGUUAUAUCUUUCCUCUCGACCUCGGCGCCAAGGGCUCGUGCCACGUCGGUGGAAACGUCGCCACAAAUGCUGGCGGUCUGCGAUUGCUCCGUUAUGGGAGCUUACAUGGCACCGUCCUCGGUGUUGAGGCUGUUCUGCCUAAUGGUACCAUCAUCAAUGACCUAUGUACCCUGCGAAAGAACAACACCGGCUACGAUGUGAAGCAGCUCUUCAUUGGUGCAGAGGGAACUUUGGGAAUUAUCACAAAGAUCGCUAUUCAAUGUCCCCAGCGAUCUCCCGCUGUCAAUGUUGCUGUGUUUGGCAUAGAGUCGUAUGAUAAAGCUCAGCUUGCCUUCCGUGAGGCUAAGAAACAGCUAUCAGAAAUUCUAUCUGCAUUUGAGCUAAUGGACGGCCGCAGCCAGAGAAUCGUCUCAGAGGUUAAGGGUCAGGAGCAUCCCCUCGAAGGAGAAUACCCUUUCUACUGCCUGAUUGAAACGAGUGGUUCCAACGGCGAGCAUGACUACGCAAAACUAGAGACUUUCCUGGAGGAUGUUAUGACCCGAGAGGUUAUUGCCGACGGUGUCGUCGCCCAGGACGAGACGCAGCUUCGCAACCUGUGGGGCUGGCGCGAGGGCAUCACCGAGUGCCUUGGCCAUUGGGGCGGCACCUACAAGUAUGAUAUCUCUAUUCCCCUCGACGAAAUGUAUACCAUUGUUGAAGAUACCAAGGCUCGUCUGAUCGAUCUGGGUCUUCUGGGUGACACUCCUGACCACCCGGUUGUUGACGUACUUGGCUAUGGCCAUAUGGGCGAUUCCAAUCUGCACCUCAACAUUCCGGUGCGUCGUUACGAUCCUGCAGUUGAGAAGGCCCUGGAACCUUGGGUAUACGAAUGGAUUCAGAAGCGUAGUGGAAGUAUCAGUGCUGAGCAUGGUCUGGGAAUUGCGAAAAAGAAGUUUAUCGGUUACAGCCGAGACGACACAACGAUUGGUCUGAUGAAGCAGAUCAAGAAUCUCUUUGAUCCCAAUGGCAUCAUGAACCCCUACAACUGUGGCUGGCCAAACGACCUCGAUAGCCCCGCUGACCUAAGCGAGCGUGACCAACGAGGAGCCAAUGCCGCCCUUCCUCACACACCUCCCUGUCAGCCUUAUGGGGCGGACGCUGCAGCUUCUCCACAGGAAGCCGAUGCGCUAGGCCAAAAGUUCCCUAAGAGUCAAGGUAAGUCUCUAGCAUCUCAUCGCAACUCUGCCAUCCAAGUUCACAUUCUCGAACAGUGCAGCAACGAGAGGCCUUACUGCCAGAAGUGUGUAUCGAGUGGAAGGCAAUGUGAAGGCUAUGAACGCGAACGAGUCUUCAUCACCGGGACGCCACAGAACAAAGGCAGAGUAGCCUCCCAUCCAAAGAAAGGCUCAUCCUCCAAGAAGGGGAGCUCGCCUCUGUACGAGGAACCUUCCAGAACUCUCGGUAUCACGCCAGUCCAUCCUCUCACCUCAGCCUGGGAUGACCACACACUUGUUUCAAACCAAGGAGUAGAGUAUUCGGUUCUCGUCUCAGCCUUGCACACUAGGCUUCCAUACACUAUUCCAGAUCAUUCAGCUGAUGACUCCACACCUUUCCGCAUUACCUUCCCGCCAUAUACGCCGACAGACUUACAGUCGUUACUGGGCGAAGGAGAACUUGGAGUAAGAGCACAAUGCUUAGCACGUUUACCGAGCGUAUAUGAACAAGAUGACUCGGCACAAAGUUACUGCAUCUUCUUCUUCGAGCAUGAAACAGCUUAUGUAUUUGGCGAAUCAGGGUCUCAACGGAUGAGACGAAUGGGACCGGCCUACUUUAGUCAUUUCCCCAAUCAUCAUUUCUUUGUGCGGGUGUAUCGACCUCUAGCUACCGGCUUCGCUCUCCUGAGGCGACAAGAUACGUUUGUAUCAUCUCCAGAUUGGAAGACUGUCCCAUGGCAGAGACAUCCGAAGUCUCUCCUGGACCAUCUCCUGGACCUAGUCCUUCUGCUGCCAGCCAUCCUUUCUCAAGUUGAUCAGAUUGUCCCGUCAGAACCAACCCUCCAUCGACGGCACAGCGCUCAGCAGCUUCUCCGGGAUUGCCUUUCUCUCGAGAGACAUCUUGAUGCUUGGUUUCAAAUGGCCAACCGUCCCAGUUUUGAACAGCCCGUGGCCUACUGGACUGAGGAGCUCAUCAGCCCCGGAGGUCUUAUUCCUUUCACAAAUUCGUACGCUUUCAGGGACGCAAACACCGGACUUGCCUUCCUAAAUUACUGGAUGACACAAAUCCUCUUUCACCAAUGCAUUGAAAGCUUGCACCGAGCCAUCUACCAGCCAGUCAUCGACGCUUACCCAAAUAUGUGGCCUGACUUGCCAUUCGACUUGCAGAUCGACCUCAAUCGCUAUCAGCAUGGACGCAUGUUUGCGGCAGAUAUCUGCCGUGGACUCGAUUCAGUCUUGCAUGACACUGUUCAACCUGACAUGCUGAUUAUGCCGAUGACCGUGGCAAUGGACUUUUACAGAGAUAUAAAUUCGGUUUCGCAGGAUGGACUCAUGGAGAUCAUGUGGAUCGACAACUUUCGGUCACGGCUCAUUGAGAAAGGCCAACAUGUUGCCGGUGUUCUGCAGAGUCAAACAUGGUCCGAGGUAGCGACUUUCUAA